AUGAGUGCACCAGUUUCUAGCAAGUUGACCCCCAAGCAGGAGCAGAAAUUGAAAGAGUUCAAAAUACGAGUUAAAGAUAUCCUGGUUAAACCCGAACAUGAUGAUCAUUACUGUAUAAGAUGGCUGAUAGCCAGGAAUUUUGAUGUGAAUAAAACGGAGCUUAUGAUAAGAAAUGUUAUGGAGAAAUACUACCCGGGUGGAAUUGUGGGGGAAGACAAUGACGGAAACCCGGUGAUGAUUGAUAAUAUCGGAAAAAUUGAUGCAAAAGGAUUGUUGAGGUCUGUCAAAUCAAAAGAUAUCACACUAAGUAAGAUGCAGGAGAUGGAACACAUUUGCCAAGAGCUUUUCCCGGCUAUGAGUAAAAAGUAUGGUAAACACAUAUACGGAUUAACUUAUAUAAUGGAUUUAGAAGGAUUAGGAACGAAACAUUUAUGGAAACCGGGUUUGGAUAUGUUCAAUCUGGAAAAUACAUUACUCCAAGACAAUUACCCUGAAUGUCUAAAAGUCAUCUAUAUAGUCAGAGCACCGAAGAUAUUUCCCGUUAUCUACUCGUUGGUUGAACCAUUCCUUGAUGACAAGAUGCGUAAGAAGAUCCACGUUCUUGGGCAAAACUUUCAAUCAACACUGCUAAAGACUAUCCCAGCAGAAAGUCUUCCUGUUCAUUGGGGAGGCACCAUGACUGAUCCCAAGACAGGUGACCCCACAUGUCCGAGUUUGAUCAACCCAGGGGGGUCUGUCCCCGAAAAGUACUAUAACCAGGAACCCCCAGUACCAGAAGAUAAGCGUCUUAGAGUCGAAAUUGUCAAGAAGAAGUUUGACUUGACGUUUGAAGUUAUAAAGAAGGACAGUAUAAUUAGGUACGUUUUUAAGACUGAAGAGGGCGAUAUUGGCAUGACUGCAUACCUGCAGACGAAGUCAAUGACUAUGGUGAAAGAACUGGAACGAUAUAAUAGUCAUCUAGUGUACGAAGACGGAAGUUUAGAUUGUCCACAAGUUGGAACAUAUAUCUUAAGAUUUGACAAUAGUCAUUCGUGGAUGAAGAAUAAAACCUUACAUUAUUUUGCCGAAGUAAUCGAGCCGGAUGCCCUGCUGGAUGAACUGUCUACUGAUUUAUAA